UAUCAUGAACCUCAUGUGACAUAGAAAUAAUACCCCAUUAGAUAAUCUUCCUUUCUAUGCUUUCUUUAUUGUUCUGCACUUGGACCAAACUUUAUUAGUAUUAUUAUUAUUCUUAUUAUUAUAUGGUGUUCUUGUCUUUGCUUAUUGGGAGGAAGGGAGAAGGGCUGCUUCUAUUUUGUUUGUGAAGGAAAACGAUUCUUGGGUGGGAAUUUGAGGUGGGUUUUGAUUGGUUUGUGGGUUUUCUUCUGUUUUUGGUCUGAAAUGGAGAGAGAUUUCAUGGGUCUUAGCUCAAAAGAAUCAUUAUCUGGGGUGAAGGAGGAGAUGAACAAUGAUAUUGAUGGGUGCAAAGACACAGGUUUCACAAAAGGUUCAGUGGUAAAAUGGCCCUUCUUGAACAAAGUCUCUGCUCAUCCGCAUUUGAUGUCUUUCAAUGUUUCUCAAGAUGAUAAGACUAAAAUGAUGGGGUCUGAUUCCAUCACAUCUGCUGGUUUGUUUGCCAUCCCAAGUCUAGACAAGUUUGACUCUAUUCAUAAACGUGCUGCGGGUGAACUACAGAAAUCUUUCAAUCAUGACGGACAAGGUGGCAUUCAUUUUUCCCUGACUCCAUAUCCUGUACAACAUGAUGUGAAUUAUGUGAAUCGUCCUCAUGAUGUGAAGAUGGUUUCGGUUUCCAAUCAAGCAAUUUCAGUUUCCCUGGGACAUCCAUUCCUAAAGAAUCAUUUUGUUACUGUUGGCCAGAAUAUGAACGGUGCUAAUGUGAAGCAACCAUUGCUUGGGGGAAUACCUGUUACAGCGCCUCAUUCAGUUCUUCCCAUCGUCGGUGCUGUUGCUGGAACAACUGAAUCAUGUAACAGUGUGAAACCAUCUGCACCUGCUCCUCAACUUACCAUCUUCUAUGCGGGAACUGUAAAUGUCUUCCAUGAUAUAACUCCUGAGAAGGCACAAGCUAUCAUGUUGUUGGCUGGGAAUGGCUUAUCUGCAGGUUCUAACAUGGCACAGUCCAAAGUUCAGGCACUCGGCACGAAGUUGGCAGCAGGUGAUAGUAUGCCUGUGAGUCAACCCAUAAAUGUUCCACCCUGCUCUGGUCUUUCAAGUCCUUUAUCUGUUUCUUCACAUACUGGUGCCCAAUCAGGGAGUGGCUCAAGUUGCAAUGAAGAAUUUCUUGCAGCUAAAACAUCUGGAGGUCCCAUCAACUCUGUUAGCAAAGUGGAGACUCCAAAAGUAGUUAAUGCAACCACCAUGUUAACAUCAGCUGUGCCGCAGGCUCGAAAAGCAUCCUUGGCUCGAUUUUUGGAGAAGCGCAAGGAAAGGGUGAUGAAUUCAGCACCAUAUAACCUCAACAAGAAGUCUGAGGAUGUUGCAAUGCAGAAUACAAUGAUUUCUAACAUCUAUGCAAGUACUGGUACUAAUACGCUUUCAGCCAAGCAAGGAUAGUAGUAACCCUUUCUUAUAGGAGACUACUUCAGAGGGAGAAAUAUUUUGUUGUAACUUAAUUAAUGUUGUAAACUUAUGAUUUUAUUCUUACUUGAUCAAAACUUGUGCUGAGAUUCUUAAGCAUCAAACUACGUUCACUACAUAGGUAGGGCUUUACCUUAAUUAUUUUUUGAUGUAGGGCUUUACCUUAUUACUCUAAAGUUGGUUGGAUUUUAGCUUCCAACAAUAUAGCAUUAGCAGACCACUUUUGUAACUAUAUCUGACAAUUUGUUACAUUGUGGUAAUUAAAAGCAAA